AUGGCACGAGCUCCUGACAUCUGUUUCCUUAUAUGCCUCCUGGCAAUUGGAUCGAUUGGAAUUUUCGGACAAACUGCUCUUCCAGGCGCCAACAAGAGCGAUGUGUUCCAUGAAGGAGGAGAUGUUUCAGCAAUCCCCAACGCCACGGCCAUUGAAGCUCUCCAAAAAUUCAAAGGAAACAGCACAAUUGUCUCAUUCUACAAGGCACUCCGAGAACUUUACCUAACAAAUGGAUUCGACAAACAUGUCUUAUUCAACGGUGUCAUUUUGGGACAAACUAUAAUUCCAGAUUUCCAAUGGCUAGAAUUAAUUCGAGCACUUGAAAAUUCGUUUGGAGACGUCAAAAAUGGAGAUGUGUAUUUUAGAAGAAUCGAAGGAAUGAUUGAGAUGAACGAACCGGUUGCACUAAUCCAUGAACCUUGGCUAAUCAAGCUCGUUUCAAUGAUUCUGGAACAAUCUGAGAAUUCAAAAAAUGUGGCGUAUUCCAUCAGAGAUCUGGGUGUCUAUCUGCAAGAUAACGGCUAUCCAAGAGUUGGUUAUGCAAAUGGAACAUUUCUUCGAAAAGCGAUCAAUGAUUGGACAUCUCUGGAGCUCUCUAAUGAGCCAUACCAAGCUAAUUGGACAGAGCCCCUCCUUAUUCUUCACCACACUAUUGGCCCUGAAAAUUUCAACCUGAUUGGAGAUAUUCUUGAAGCUCAACCAUGGAAAACCAAAUCUGGAAUGUGCCUCAAGGAUGAAAAGUACUUCAAACUCUACAAGAAUCGUCUAAACGCUGCGAUUUCCAAUGCCGAUAUCGGAUUCAAAUUGCUCAGCGGAAUCCAAAAUGCAUUUGAGAAUGCCACAGCUGCCGCGAAAGAGGACACUUUGUUAAAUCGUCUGGUCCAUGCGGACCUCAAUGACUCACUUGAUUUCCCUAAAUCAGAAAAGAAAGAUCGAAAUUCGAGAUCUAACGCUGAGAAGUCUGAAAUCUGGUCGGCAAUUAAUAAUGAGCAGGCAAAGGCUAAAUUCAUUGAAACAAUGAAAUCAUCUGGAAUCGAAGAACUGGAAAAGGCCAAAAAUGCAUUUAUCGCUGGAGCGAGAUUGAUUAAGAAUCUUGGAGGAUCAGUGGAGAAUGCCGUAAAGAAAUGUGAAGAAGUCGUAAAGCUGAAUGGAGUGUUCCCUGAGACCUAUGAAAGUCUGAAUAGUGCAAUUCAAGUUCUUCUGAAACUCAAUGAGACUGGAAGCCCUCAAGUGGCCGAAGAAUUGCUCCCAAUCAUUCAAUAUAUUGUCAAUCGACAAACGCCAUUGAGCAAAUUCCGGACAGAUGUUGAGAGACUUAAUGAUGAUCACUUUUUUAUGAAUAAUCUCAGAUUGUAUUUUGGUGGUUUUGCCAAAUCCCUACCCAGAGGACUGCAGAUUCGAGAGGUCCUUCGGAACAUAAAUGGUCUGUGUAGAUUUGACGAAGACUUAAUGGAUUACGCAAAAUCGAUUAACGCAAUUCUGAAGACCAACAACAUCGACAACAUGAUUCAGCUAACCAAGCUGUCUAGAGACGGAUUAUGGUUGGAUGUUUAUGAUUCGCUGGAGCACGUUUACAUCAUGUCAGUGGGGCCACUAGAUACAUUUAAAGGCCUGGAAUCAAUGAUUGGAACAACUGGAAGCUAUAAAGAAGUCUUUCUGGCAAUGCAAACGAUUUUAGAGUUUCCCGAAACUUCUAAAUACACAUGCAAAUUCGUCGAACAAUUCUUCAAUGGGUUAGAAGACGUCACCUCGGUUGUGGAGGCUUUUGGAGUGAACACUGACGAAAUUCGACGACAAAACAAGGAUGUUACCUUUGUGAAUGCUCUGAUUCAAUUGCUCAAAGCUUCUGGAUCCCGCCAAGCUCUCGGUGAUAUGAUAGCAUUCCAUGGGGCCUACACAACCAAUCCAAACGCAACGAUAUCGGCUUUGCAUAUUGCGGAUAUGCUGGUGUAUUUCGGAUCGACUGGAUGGAAUUAG